AUGCAAGAUGCCAUAGUACCAUCAAAUGUGGAACCUGUGGGUUUAAACAUCAUUCGGAGUGUCCUACUGGCAACGGCUCAGGUGCAGGUCAAGAAUAUACAUGGAGAGAUGGUUACCUUGAAAGCUUUGGUGGACCAAGGAUCACAGUCAACGUUUUUAAGGGAAGAAGCAGCACAGAUACUUCAAAUCCCUCGAGAAAAGGCCAAUAUGGAAUUGCAUGGACUAGGUGACAAUUUGGUGGGAGUUGCAAAAUCAAAAGUAAAAGUUAGGAUCCAUCCGAGAUUUCCCAGCAACUAUUCACUCGAUGUCGAAGCUCUUAUUUUACCAGCGUUAGCUUCCGUCCAUUUGGAUUCUUCGUUAGUACACAACCAGGGUGUAUGGAAAAACUUUCAAUUGGCUGAUCCAAACUACUACAAGAACGAGAGGAUAGAUAUGGUGCUUGGCGGAGAUGUGUAUGUGGACAUACUAAAGAACGGAAUACAUAAGAAGCAUGGAAUGUUGGGGCAACAUACCAAGCUGGGAUUAAUGUUGUCCGGCCCAUUAACGAUUCGAGUCCCAGUAGCGAAAAAAGGUGUCAAUGUCACUACAGAGAUUGAAAGAUUUUGGGAAACUGAAGAGUUGGAUAUGGACAUGGUUACAAACGAUGACGAAAAAUGUUUGGAUAAUUAUGCUGCUACAACGAAAAGAAAUGAAGAAGGGCGGUUUAUAGUUCAAAUCCCCUUCAAAGAAGAUAAAGAGCUGGGAACAUCGUAUAAACAGGCAGCAGCCAGACUCAUUAGCCUGGAGAAAAAGCUCAUCAAGGAUAAUGCUAUGAAGCAUGAAUACUCAAGAAUUAUGGAGGAAUAUAUUGCACUGGGGCACAUGAAGCCAGUGAAACAGAUUCAUAGCGGUAAAUAUUAUUUACCACAUCAAGCGGUUGUUCGAGAGGACAGUCUGACUACGAAAGUCAGAGUGGUUUUCGACGGUUCCGCGAGUACAAAUAAUGGAAGAAGUCUGAACGACAUAAUGCAUGUCGGGCCACGGUUGCAGAGAGACGUCUUCGACAUACUACUCAACUUUCGUUUAAAAAGGUUCGUGAUUUCUUCAGAUGUUGAAAAAAUGUACCGCCAAAUAAUGGUGGAUGAGGAGAGCCAGCGGUAUCAACAUGUUCUGUGGCGGAAAGAUAGGAAUGAGGAAAUCAAAGAAUAUCAGCUGACAACAGUGACAUUCGGAACAGCAAGUGCCCCGUUCUUGGCCGUAAGAACCUUAAUGCAGAUUGCGAAAGAAUGCGCGGAUACGAAGGUGAAGCAAAUAAUUGAAGAAGAUUUUUAUAUGGAUGAUCUUCUUACGGGGGCAGACACAAUAGAAGAGUGUCUCCAGCUUCGAUUCAAAAUAUCAAGGCACUUAGAGGGUUAUGGAUUCCAUCUCAGAAAAUGGUGUUCAAACAAUGAACACAUUGUGAAAUCAUCGAAAGAAGACAAGGAGAACGAAAUAAUAAACAUCAAUGAAACCACUAAUGUAAAAACCCUGGGACUUCAGUGGAAACCGAAGGAAGACGAAUUUCGAUUUAAAAUAUCGGAAUACCCAGCGGAGAGUACAACAAAGAGGCUGGCUUUAUCAUAUCUAGCAAAAAUAUUUGAUCCGCUUGGGUUGCUGACACCAGUCAUAAUAACGGCGAAGUUGUUUAUUCAGAGUUUAUGGUUGCUAGAGAUGCAAUGGGACCAGAAAAUCGAUGGAGAUUUGGAGAUCAGCUGGAAAGAAUUCGUGACACGUAUUUCGUCUCUACAAGACGUUAAGAUACCUAGAUGGCUAAACUCUUCAUCCGAAAGUAAAAUUAAAAUUUUGGGAUUUGCGGAUGCAUCAGAGAAGGCCUAUGCAGCAGUGGUUUAUAUUAAAACCGAUAAAGGAGUUUCCUUGAUGGCUGCAAAAAGCAAAGUAAACCCGAUUAAAAACAAAAAGACGCUUCCGAAAUUAGAGCUGUGUGCAGCCUUCCUAUUGGCCAGGCUGCUAAAUAGAAUAAUUAGUGUGGUCAAAGCCGAAUCGGAAGUUUAUGCCUGGAGUGACUCCACAAUUACACUUGCUUGGAUUGAAAAUAACAAGAGCAAAGAUAAAUUUAUAAGGUCACGAGUAACCGGCAUAAAAAAUUUGGUAUCUCAGGCGCAGUGGCGGUAUGUAAAGUCAAAAGAGAAUCCAGCAGACUUGGGGUCAAGAGGCGUGUCCCCAGAUAAACUUGUAGACUCAAAGCUAUGGUGGGAAGGUCCCCAGUGGCUGCUGUUGCCGGAGGCGGAAUGGUCUCUAACCCCUCCAGAAUUGAAGACAUGCGCUUCCACGGCUUCCAAGGAAGCACCUACCUUAUUGAACGAUUUGAUAGAAAGGUAUUCAUCAUAUGGAAGACUUCUAAGAGUUUACUCUUACAUCUUGCGGUUUGUUGAAAAACUGAAGGGAACCCGAUCCUUCCCGUCAUAUCUAACGAGAGAGGAGUUGUUAAAGGCGGAGAAAUACAUCGUUAAAGGUCAUCAGAAGAUAGAAUGGCCAAGUGAGGUACAAAAACUAAGAGAUAACAGACAGAUGGAUCAUCGACACAAGCUGGCUAAUUUGCACCCGUACCUAGACGAAGAGGGGGUUUUAAGAGUUGGAGGUCGACUUCAGUACUCUGAUUUGCAGCUAGAUCAAAAACAUCCUAUGAUCAUUCGAAAAUCACGGCUGGCCUAUUUAAUUAUACGAGACACCCAUUACAAGACGAUGCACGGAGGAAAUCGCCUAGUAGAAUGUACCGUGAGACGAAAAUUCUGGAUAAUUAAUGUGAAAAACAGUAUAAACAAGUAA